AUGGAGAAUCUUAAAUUUAUUUUAUCUUUGGAAACUGCUUUAUUCUUUUGGAACAAAUUAUCCAUUGUUAUGGUGCUGCUUUUAUUUGUAGAGACAUCUUUAAGGAAUAUUAUGAACCUCCAUGGAAUUCCCGCCAUUCCAGUUUAUCUAUGGAGUUUAUUUGUGCUCUGGAUAACUUGUUCUGGCGGGGUCCUGCUUCCCAAUUUAUCAGAGACAUGUUUCCAAUGCCUAUGCCACGUGUCAACUGGAUGUGACUUGACCCACGACUGCACCAAUGGGUACUGCGGACCUUUCAACAUCUCCAGGAUUUAUUGGUAUGACGCUGGGCAGAUCGUUUUACCUUAUGAUGACCCAGCGAGGAACCAUGCGUGGAAAGACUGCGCGAGAAACUAUGAGUGUGCCAAACAGAUAAUUGCGAACUACUUACUAAAGUAUGGAAGGGAUUGUAACGAAGACGGAACAACCGACUGUUACGACUACAUGAUGGUAGAGAGAAGACUAGUUGUUUUCUACGAGGGGGGAAAAGAUGACGAAGAUGAUGAAGAUACGGGCACUAUAUCCUACUUGAGUUUAAUAAACAAAAGUCAAUGUCAAAAAUAUUUAAAAUUGAGGAAAUACUUUACAAGGAAGUUGCGAUACCAAAGUUGGACAACAUUUUUUGAAGAUUCUCCAGAGAACUUCUUAGAAAAGGCAAAAAAUAUGAACGUGAAAACUACUAUAGCGAUACCCGUGUGUUUGUUUGCUUUUUUUAUCUUUUGGAUAACUGGAUCUGCCGGUGUUUAUAUACCGAACCUAACAGAAGCAUGCUACAAAUGCUUAUGUUACGUAUCCACUGGAUGUGACUUCUCUCACGACUGCACAGGCGGGUACUGUGGGCCCUUCAAUAUCUCCAGGAUCUAUUGGAAAGAGGCAGGCCAAAUCGUUCUGCCAGAUGAUGAUCCUGACAGAAAUCAUGCAUGGGAAGAUUGUGCAAAAAGUUUUCAUUGCGCUAAACGAAUUAUUGAAAGAUACUUGGAGAUAUUUGGACGGGACUGCAAUGGAGACGGCCUCACAAAUUGCUUUGACUACAUGAUGAUAAAUGGUAACGGUGGCUACGGCUGUACAGCGCCUUUGAAUCGUUCAGCGAAUGGCCAACGAUGGUUGAAGCGAUACGAAGAGUGUAGAAUAUAA